AUGAACAGGGUGCCAAGUACCGCAACUCUGGAAGAGAACCAUUUAGCCGCCGACGCUGGGAUGGGGACCCACUGGAGUCCAAAUAGGGAUGUUCCCACGGACAAUGCAGCACUGCUGGAGGUCGAAAGAACUGCGCUGGGACUUCUCCAGGGCUGCGACGCCGCAAGAGAGGGAGAAAGCGUUUGGGACGAUGCGUUGGCGUUUCUGAACGCGAUUCGCAGCUUGAAGCCAGCCCAGAAUGUGGAUCUGACCACAACUGACGAUGUGUUUACACCCAUGGUGCGGUCUUUGGUGGCAAGAAGAGCUCGCUGGGAGAUCUGUGCCGACCUUGUGGCAGUCACGUUCGCGUACUGCGCGGUGCACCCGGACCUGGCCGGCUUGGUGUGCAAUUUCGCGAGGGCUGUGGAGCAAAAUCGAAGCUUGCGUUCCCAGUUGCGUGAGAUUUGCGGCACGGCGCCUUUGUCCCCCAACUAUAAACCAGGCGUUUACACGGUCGUCGCGACCUUGGAGACUUUCGACAAGCUUGACAUUGCGACCUUCGAAACACUGCGGCUGGGCCUUGGUCCGGUCCUCAGACUGCAAUGGGCCCCACUCUGGGCUUUCCAAUAUCCGGACCUAAGGCUCGACGCGGCGUUUCUGGCCAAAAACUUGAUGCGCGCCACCACCCAGGAGCACCGCCUGGACUUUCUGAUCGCAUCGUUGUCACCCGACCUCCCGCAAUGGGAAGAGCUCCAAAGUCACAGCUCAAAGUCCGUAGAUUUUUUCCUUUACAGCGUCGCGCGCCGCUCGCUGCAUGGUGGUCGGUAUUUGCCGCCCUUUUUCAAGACUUUUUGCCAGGAUGUUCUGUCAACGUGUACCAAGAACGACUGUUUUAAAAGACUCGAGAACGACACGCAAUUCAACCUUUCCGUACUAAUGGAAAUUGUGGACCAUCCCGACUUGAACUUUCUGGAAGAACCCCAUCUGGUGUCCUUGCUGCACUGUGCCUUGCGCCGGGUUCUAGAAAUUUGCACACAGGAGCAAAUACAGACACUCCAUCUUGAAUUGGGGAGCAUGGGGACCACGCUUAGCUUACCUGGACUUUUGAACAUAGUACAAUACCUUUUGACUCGAUUUCUCUUGAGCAUGGGGACUCUAGUAAAUAACGCCCGACACCUCAAGGCUGACAACAAAAAGUGGGCAACCAGAGAGUCGCCUUAUCAACUACCGCCCUUCUUUGAUAAAAUCGUUCCGAAAAUCUCUCCUGUCUCAAGAUCGGCGUCAAGUUUCGAUCACAGCGGACACGAAUCCCAUUUCCAAACCACCAAAUUGUCCACAAUCGUGUGGACAGUACUCCAGUCGAUAAACUACCUCGAAAACAUCAACUGUUUACUUUUGGACUUUUAUGAAAGGAAUGGUACGGGUCUAUCGGCCAAGCCUAAAGACGGUGGUGCAAAUGACUUCUCACAUGUCGUAGAGAACAAAGCGCGUUCAGAUGUCUUGGACCUUUUCUUUAUAGCGGGCGUUUCCGUCAUGCUUCUAGCCGAACAGUUGCAGGAAGAUGGAUACCUCUCAAAGGUUAUUGGCACACACGAAUCUAGAAUACUGGGUAAACAGCUGUCUCUUUCAACCCGGACAUUUUUCAAAGCCAUUAUACGCACUUUUGGAAAAGAAUCAGCCCACGAACUGAUCAAGUUUUUAGCACGAACGUCCCGGAUGGAACUCACUUUGCAGAGGGUCUCCAUGCGAAUUCUGCAAUGUGUACUCGUCGACGAACGGGGCAGUGCCUUGAAAAUCGGAGCCCCGGCACAUCAGGCACUUCAUGAUUACCUCGGCAUUUGGAAUGAUGGGUCAGAGGUAUACAGCCAACUUUAUUCUGCCCUUAUGAUGCCGAUGCCUGCUGUGGCCACAGCAGUCAUCAAUUUCCCUCAACUUCUUGCCUCGGCAUCUCCCAGUUGGAGCCGCGCAAUGGGAAGAGUAGCGUUGGGUUCAGCCUCCAAUACUGACAACAUAAGCUGUGAUACGAAGAGGACCGGACCAGCAUCUCGAUACAACACGCAUGCAACUUCCUUUAUCCCUUCUACCAAGUCACAGCACCAGAAAACCAAUGGUUUUGAAAGUGAAGACGUACUUCCCUUAGCGAUGGCUAGUCAACCCACCUCUGCCACUGCGGAUUAUGGUUUCGUAGGCAACCAGCCGGAAAGGUAUGGUACUGCACAGACAUCCCCUUUUUCAGCCACGCGACACUCGCAAUUUCCAGAUGGCAGCAAAAGUGCCAUUUCAAUGAGCGGUCCGAUAGCUAAUAGCUCCACUAAUGCUACCAAAUGGGACGCAGGCUGCUUUUCCCAGGGCCCGCUAUUGUCCACGGAUUUUAGCUCUGCGGCGGUGAACACGGGCAAAAACUAUAUUAUGGGUGGUCAUAGCAGGGCCACAAACAACAGUAGGGCACAGUCAGUACAUGUUGACCGGUUUGACUAUUUGCAACAGUAA